AAUAAAUAAAAGAUGUCAUCUUCUGAAGUAACAGUAAGCUAUGGGAAUAAGAGUCAUUUUAUAUAAUUAUAAGAUUACAAACUUCUUUAGGAGUUGAAAGAUUCUUUAGUGAGAAAGUACAAUUUAAUUAAGAUCAGAUUAUAGUAUGAAAUACUUUAAAAUAUAAUUAGUUAUAUAGAGAAGGAGGCAGAGGUUAAUAUUGAAACAGAAGAGGAAUAUAAUUACAUGAUAAAGAAGGGAGAUGUGAAAUAGUUAUUUAUUGAGGAAUAUAAAAAAGAGAAAAUGAAUUUAGAUUACUUUAUGUCCUAACUAUUUGUAAAUAACAUAUGUUGUGAAAAUGAUUAAUAUGGUUGUGCAAUUUGUUAGGAAAAGAAACAAGUAAAACCUGAAGAAUUGAAUCAAUUAGUAUAUGAAUGUCUUCUUGAAUUGUUAAAUAAGGAAGAUUUUUAAGCAUUGUAUUUAUGAUAUUAAAGUAGUUGUAAAAAAUAAUUCAAAAUGAAUGUAGAGAAUGUAGACUUAUUUUUAGAGAAAUUCAGUAAGUUAAGUAAACCAAUAAAGUAAAUAUUGACUGUCUAACCUUCCUAAUAAUUUCCAAACAAUUUUAUAAAUUAAAUAAGUUAAGUAAGUCGAAUUCAACCUAGUUAAGUAAGUCGAAUUCAACCUAGUUAAGUAAUUUAAAAAUAAUAUCCUAUGAAUAAGUCUACAAAUAUUCAAUAAUAAUCUGAAUUUUAAUAAUAACCAUCAUAAUUUUUACAUUCAAACAUAUAAUCUUCUCUUAUUAUUCCAGAAUAUGGAGUUAAAUACGAAAAAAAAAAAAAUAAUUAUGAAUUUCCUCUUGACACUAAUGCCAAGAUAGAGGUCAUGAUUCAAAAUGUUGGAAGUAAGACUUGGCCUUCAAAUGUUUAUAUAAAGUAAGUUGGACAUUAUCCAUCUAAUUUUCAAUAUGUUCCAUCCUUAAAUCCUUAAGAAAGAAGAUCUGUGAGUCUUUCAUUUCAAACUCCUUUAGUAAUUUAUUAAUUUUAGACUUUUAGAAUUCUGGAGAUUACAGUUAUACUUGGGUUUUGUUUUACAAAGAUGAUUCUAAUGAAGAAAAGAAAAUUGGUUCUAAAUGUACAACUGAAUUCAAGGUUAAAGAUUUACCUGCAAUUUAAAAAAUCAACAAAUGUGUUGAUCUGAUGCUUCUUAAAAUGUUUCAAAACAAAAGUAGAAAAGAUAUUAGAGUUUAAGUUGAAAAUAUAGUUCAUAAAAACUAAGAAUUGGGGAUACAAUAAAUUAUUAAUUUAGCUUAAGACGAACUAAAUAAAUAAUGAAUAAGGAU